AUGUCCUUUGAGCCGCUAGAUUUCGUAGAUUCCGGAAAUGUUGGAGUCUCACAAAUAUCCGAGAUCAAGGGCUUCGGGUCGUUCCAGACCGUAGACUGGAUUGAAGAAAAUCGAAAGGGGACAGUUUUAGCUUCCUUGGACGAUUCUCAACUCGAAUUUGAGACUCCCUGGAGGCUAUUUCGUCAGAGGAUGUGGCUGCGGUUUCGAGAAAUCAUCACUUUAACCUGCAUUGCCGUGUUAAUGGGAUGCAUCGCAGGCUCCAUACAGAUUGUCACCGAAACACUAGUAAACUGGAAAAGUGGCCACUGUGCGCGUAAUUGGAUUCUCAACAAAUCGUUUUGUUGUGUUGGAAGCUUCAGAGACACCAAGCAUUUGUUUUCAAAACGGGACGAGUUGCAGUGCAUAAAGGACGGGAUAUGGAUCGAGAGGUCGAAUAUUUUGUCAGACUUCACAUUAUUCGUUUUACUGUCUGUUCUAUUUGCGCUCACCAGUGCUCUCAUGAUCAAAUACAUCGCGCCGAUGGCGACAGGCUCAGGAAUAUCAGAAAUCAAAGUGUGGGUUUCGGGAUUCAAAUAUAAAGACGAGUUCCUUAACCUUGUAACGUUGAUAGUGAAAUCUACAGCACUGCCUUUGGCAAUUUCAUCGGGCUUAAGCGUAGGCAAGGAAGGGCCAUCGGUUCAUUAUGCAACUUGUUGUGGUUUUGUAGUCACUAAUUUCCUGCUCAAGCAUAGUCUGAACUUUUCUGACCAGUCGCAGUAUUUGAUUGCUUCAAGUGCUGGAGGAGUUGCUGUGGCGUUUGGAGCACCAAUAGGAGGGGUCCUUUUUGCUUUGGAAGAAAUGGCAACUACCUCACAUUUCGAUCUGUCGAUUCUAUGGAAAUCCUACUAUGUUGCUCUAGGAGCUGUCGCGACUUUACAAUAUAUGAAUCCUUUCAGAAACGGGAAGAUUGUCUUGUUUGAAGUUACUUAUGAUAACCAAUGGAAAUUUGAAGAGAUACCAGUUUUCGUUAUUUUGGGCGUUUUUGGAGGGCUUUAUGGUAUGCUAAUCAGCAAAUGGAACAUUCGCUAUGUCAACUUUCGGAAAACAUACUUAUCUCGCUGGAAGGUACAAGAGGUAGUCGUGCUGGCUUUCAUUACUGCCUUAGUAUCCUACUUUAAUGAGUUUUUGAGACUGGACAUGACUGAGAGUAUGGAAAUUUUGUUCCAUGAGUGUGUUGCCGAAGAUGGCGGUUCCGCUUGGGCCCAUCGUAUCUGCCAGUUGGAUUCCGAUACUCAUGUGUCCACAUUUUUUAGAAUCCUUUUGGCACUAAUUUUUGCAACAGUAGUACGAUCGCUUUUGAUAGUGGUAUCAUAUGGUUGCAGCGUUCCAGCUGGGAUUUUCGUUCCUUCGAUGGCAGUUGGUGCAACUUUUGGACGUGCGGUAAGCUUGAUGGUGGAAAGGUGGAUAACUGGCUCAAAUGCAAUUACACCCGGCACAUACGCGUUUUUGGGCGCAGCUGCUACCUUGAGCGGUAUAACUAAUCUAACCUUAACUGUGGUAGUUAUUAUGAUUGAGCUAACUGGUGCUUUCUCAUAUAUUAUACCGUCUAUGAUUGCUGUAGCAGUGACACACCUUGUCUUUGGAUCUCUUUGUACUAAAGGCGGUAUUGCUGACCAAAUGAUAAUGGUGAAUGGCUUUCCCAUCCUAGAAAGUACGCAGGCCAAAGCUAGCUAUUUAGACAGCUACAACGCUGAAGACAUCAUGUGCCGAAACAUUGUAUCACUUCCAGAAGCUUUGACGCUGAACGAGCUCAAAGAAUUUUUGAACAGAAAUAGUCAUCUCAAACAAUACCCUGUGGUCAACGAACAAAAUGAUACUUGCAUGGGCUAUGUCAAACAAUCAGCUCUGAGUAUCGAAGUUGCGGCUGCAAUUGAGAAUUAUCCCCUCGAAACAACUGACGUCGUACUGAGCAAAGCUGAUGCUGUUCCGGCAAAUUUGGGAAGCAGCAACCUCCCACUUGGGCAUUUAGUUAAUAGUUCGCCCAUUGUGGUGACCACUAAUAUGCCCUUGCAUUUGGUGAGUCGUUAUUUUUUGAAACUGGGUUGCAAGAUCGUAAUCGUUGAAGCACAUGGCCAACUACAAGGUCUUAUUACUAAAAAAGAUCUUCUCAAGUUCGAGCGGUUAAAGCAAAAAGAACACAACGGCCCCUUGUACUCUUUUGACUCUAAAAUGGAUCAAAAGUUCUGGUCAAUAGUUAAAGCCGUUUUCAGAUUGACAGACAAUUGA